CCCAGCCCCGCGCUCGCCAUGCGUCCCGGGACGUCGAGGUCGCUGCGGAUGCUGUCCUGGGGGAUUCUGCUUUGGGCCGUGGGAUCCGCGAGUUCCAUGAGCUCCGGGGACUCUAUGCCGGAUGGUAUCUGCUGGGCUAUGGAAAGAGACAAGCCGGGCUGCAGCCAGGUGAUACAGGUGGAUGUGAGCCGGGCUGAGUGCUGUGCCUCUGGGAGCAUGAAUUAUGCCUGGUCCACCUCUAACUACACCUUGACCCAGCUAAGCGUGGUGAAGCACCUGGGUCUUCUCAAAUGUCAACCGUGCAAAGAUUCCUGCGACGGCGUGCGGUGUGGCCCGUACGAGGAGUGCCGCAUGCUGAAAGGCUUCCCGACCUGCGUGUGCGCCCCCAACUGCACCGGGCUCCUGCCCAACGUGUCGGUGUGCGCGUCGGACGGCAGGACCUACCGGGACGAGUGCGAGCUGCUGUACACACAGCAGUGCCGCGGGCACAUGGAAGUGCAGCUCAUGUACCGCGGCAGCUGCCAAAUGUCCUGCCAGAACGUGGUGUGCGAGCCGCCGCAAUCCUGCCUGGUGGACAUCACCGGCCAAGCGUACUGCGUGACCUGUGGACACUGGCGCUGCCCCCUCCGCACCAUUCCCAGCCAAGAAGUUUGCGGUAAAAACAACGUCACCUACCUCUCCCCGUGCCACCUGCGCCGAGCCACCUGCCUCCUGGGCCGUUCUAUAGGCAUUCGCCACCGGGGCAGAUGCGUAGAGUCCACCGGGGAGCCGCUGUCCACCGGGGAGCCGCUGUCCACCGGGGAGCCGCUGUCCACCGGGGAGUCGCUGUCCACCGGGGAGCCGCCGUCCACCGUUUACUGAGACCAGAAGAAGAACUUGUGAGCCGCUGGCGGCCGGGUCUGGCGCGUGAGGCCAGCCUUUAUCUAUUUAUUGCUACAGAAUCAGAGUCUAAUUUAUGUCCCCCCCCACCCCGCCACUCCCUGUACCUGGCCUGGGAUCCCCAUACACCAUGACCGUGAUGACCAAGGAUGGAGGGAAGGAAGCCUAAGAAGAAGAAGAAGGGACGAUCGAAGUGUGGCCUUGGUGCAUUCUUUGGAAAUCCCUGAUCUCCAUUUCUGGGACCUGAUGCCUGGAGGACCCCACACGCCUCUGCCCCCUCAGGGAGGACUAUUAAUUAUUACCACCACCAGUGAGGGGGUUGUCCUGAAGGUCCUGCUCUGUACCAAGGGUCUGUUUGCUUUCCUAACCCUGGCCCAGGACCUGGGUGAAAUAUUGAGGGGUCAGGUCCUUCAUCAAUCCCUCCGCACCCUGAACUCCAGGUUCUUGACCUCUCCACUGCCUCGGUUUACCUGCUAUGUCCAUCAGAGGCCCUCAAGAGAUGCUCAGUGUAUCCUGAGUUGGGGUUCCCAUGUGUGCCUACUGACAAAGGCUGGAUUUGGCCACAAAACUGCCCAAGGGCUUCCUGAACCACCCACCAUUAACCUGGGGGAUUAGAUGUGGGGUGGUCAGCGCAGUGGUGCCAAGUCCUCAUAAGGUGAGGCACCAGGUAGGGUGUGGCUACCGCCACCUGCUGCACAGGACAUCUUGGAGAUGCCCUUGCUGCCGCCCUCAGGUCUUCACACCAGUUCCUACAUUGCCCACCAGCCCAGCUGUGAGUGGUGACUCCAGCAUGGUACUGUUUGGAGCCUGUUCCUUGAGAUUGCUAACCUUCUAUUCAGACAGAGCUUUCACCCAGAAUCACCCUCUUGUGCCUUGCUGUAGACCACAGGCUCAGACCCAGUAGGAGGAAGGACACACACACACACACCCAGAUCAGGGUGAAAAGUUUCUACCCAUCCCCUCCAGCUCCAGGCAAUGUUUUUUUCUUGUGAGUUCAUGAGUGUCCUUAAUUGGGUUACGACAAAGCCUGACAAUGCAGUCGCCCUGACCCUGAGGUCCUGCCUCAUUAAAGAAAUAAAGAAAAUACCCAAAAGCCACUGUAGGUGUACAGACUUCUGUUGCAUACUCUCCCUAGGCUUUUUGGCUGCCCUUCAGGCCAGGUGUGACCUGCUGAGGUCCGGGGUAGUACAGGGGACCCUGGAAGUUUCCAGAAAGACAUAGCACAUGUCCUUGGGCUAUAGUGUCCAUCUCCAGGGAACAGGCAGCAGCCAUCGAUGGGCAGAGGCAGGCGCAGGAGGGUGGAGAGAGAAAAAAAAGAACCUUUCUGGGGCUGGCUCAGGCUGGCUCUUUGGGAAUUGUGAAGUAAGAGCCUGGGACUGGGCAUGGUUGUUUACAUCGGUCACCCCA